UACAUGUGAUUGUGAUCCGUAUCACCGCCAUUGCACCUCGGGUUCUGCCUGUUUGCCCAUAGCCCGUAUGCUCUUCUCCACACACUUCCUCUCUUUCUGGAAUCAGAAUUAUCCUCAAGAAUCCUCCAUCUAAUUCUUCUAACCUUUCUUUUUUUUUUUACUUCUUUUCUCUCUCUCUCUCUCUCUCUCUCUCUCUCUCUUUUUUUUUCCCCGUGUGUAGAUAACAGCAGCAUCUGUAUAUAUUGAUUUUCGUACUUGGAGUCCAUAGUUUUUUCUUUGUUGUUACGUUUUCUGUUGUGUAGAGUAAAGCAAGAUCACCAUGUCUGCAGCUGUUGUAAUCUUGGAUCAAGAACUAGAUAAGGGUGUUCAAGAUCUCCAAGUCCAAGAUCAGAAGCAGAUUCGCCCAGUCGGCUGUGGAACUAGCAGUACUAACAGCAUUCAUGACUGCGCUAUUUGCCUAGAUCAGAUAGAGCUUCAUGAAUCUGCUACUAUUAAAGGUUGCGAGCACGCCUACUGUGUGACAUGCAUCUUGCGCUGGGCUUCAUACAAACAAAAACCGACGUGCCCUCAGUGUAAAACUCCGUUUGAGUUCCUCAAUAUUCAUCGCUCGCUUGAUGGAAGAGUUUAUGAUUAUACGUUUGAGGAGAGCGUAUGCCUUCUUCUGCGAGCUUCAUGGUUUAAGCCCAUGGUUGUGGUGGAACGGGAGGAGGUGGAUGAAGAUCUGUAUGACUUUUAUUAUGAGGAUGAAGAGGAAGAUCUGGAGGAGGUUUACUUGGGUAGCUCCUCAGGUAUACGCAUCGGAAACCGAAGAUGGGGAGACAAUGGAUAUGUUAGGGCAGGAAGGCAAGAAGCGAGACCGGUUUGUCGCCAGCACCUCCAAGAUUCAGGUGCCGGUCCAUCUCGCCAGCCUAAAAAGAAAGAGGGUGCAGUGAAAGAAACAGUUGGCCGACGUGCAAAACGGACUUUGAAACGUGAAGCUGCUGAUAAGGCUGCUGCAGUGAAGCACCAGCAGCAUUUGGCAAGGUUGGGACGCACGUAGGCCUGAUUGCAUGAGGGAGAAACUCUCCCGACUAUGGUUCCUGGCGCUUUGUACAGUAUUCAGUGCCU